GUUGUGAAGCAGCGCGACUCUGCCUCGUCUGGCUGUCGCUCAUGCAUGGGACUCUCUCUCUCUACCACACACACACAUUCAAACAGAUACAGGCACAUACACACCUCUGUGGACCCUGUGUGUGAAGAGCAAGCUGGAUGUGAGACCCUUGUUUCCUGGGCGAGCAGAGGAGCAGACUAGAUCUGAGUCUGUGUGACCUGGGCUAUCUGAAGAACGGGCUAGAUCCGGGCUAGCAGUGGCCCUCAGUGGGAAAGGAAACCGUUAACGUGACUCUGGGGAGCAAACCGGCUCAGGGGUCCCUCAUGAUGGGGUGCUGUCUGUUUGUGCAUCAGAAGAAGAAGAGGAAACAGAGGAGGAGGGAUGUGGACUCUCUCAGCCUGUGCAGCCUGGACAUCAACGAGCCCAGUAACAAGCGGGGGAAGCCCCUGUCCCGCGUCACCUCGCUGGCCAACCUCAUCCCUCCAGUCAAGACUGCUCCUCUGAAGCGAAUAGGACAAACACUGCAGCGUUCCAUCAGCUUCCGCAGUGAGAGUCGGACAGAGACGGUCAUGCCUCCUCGACCAUGGACGCGGCCGGCCCCACAAGCCAACACCAAGCGGCGUGACAGCAAGCUUUGGAGCGAGACCUUUGACGUGCGGCUCGGACACCAGAUGCUGUCCUCUAAGGAAAUCAAACGCCAGGAGGCAAUCUUUGAGCUUUCUCAAGGGGAGCAGGAUCUCAUUGAGGAUCUGAAGCUGGCCAAGAAGGCGUACCAUGACCCUAUGCUGAAGUUGUCCAUUAUGACAGAGCAUGACCUUAACCAGAUCUUCGGAACCCUGGACUCCCUCAUUCCGUUGCAUGAAGAUCUGCUGAGUCGACUGCGAGAGGCCAGGAAACCAGACGGCUCUACAGAAAAUGUGGGACACAUCCUAGUGGACUGGUUACCGUGUCUGGACUCCUACAACUCGUACUGCAGUAACCAGGUGGCAGCCAAGGCUCUGCUGGACCAUAAGAAGCAGGACCACCGGGUGCAUGACUUCCUGCAGCGCUGCCUGGAGUCGCCCUUCAGCAGGAAGCUGGACCUGUGGAACUUCCUGGAUAUACCCAGGAGCCGGCUGGUCAAAUACCCUCUGCUGCUCAGGGAGAUCCUCAAACACACACCUAACGACCAUCCGGACCGUCAACACCUGGAUGAGGCAAUCAACAUGAUCCAGAGCAUCGUGGCUGAGAUCAACACCCAGACGGGCGAGUCAGAGUGCCGUUUCUACAAGGAGCGUCUCCUCUACCUGGAAGACAGCCAGAGAGACCUGCUCAUUGACAACUCCCGUAUUCUCAGCUGUCACGGGGAACUGAAGAACAACAGGGGAGCUAAGCUGCAUGUGUUCCUGUUCCAGGACGUGCUGGUCAUCACCAGGACCAUCACCCACAGUGAGCAGCUGCUCUACCAGAUGUUCCGCCAGCCCAUCCCCGUCAGAGACCUGCAGUGGGAGGACCUGCAGGACGGGGAGAUCCGUCUGGGAGGCUCCAUCAGAGGGGCCUUCAGCAACAAUGAGAGGACCAAAAACUUCUUCAGAGUGUCGUUUCAUAGUGGUGGCCAGCUCCAGUCCCACUCGUUCCAAGCCAGCGAUGCCUUUAACAAACAGCAGUGGCUGAACUGCAUCCGCCAGGCCAAAGGAGCCGCCGAGUCGGCCGUGGGGGUGGGGAUUCCUGUCAGGGUGGGGACCAGUAGCAGUGACCCAGACCCCGCUCCAAGCCCACUCAGCCCCCAGAGUCUUCUGAGCCCUACAACACCUGCCCUCUCAGGAGCACUGGCCCCCCAGCUGGUCCCUCAGCCAGAGAGCAUGGACAACAGCGACAGUGACUCGUCUGUAGACUCUCCAGACUGUAGCGUGGACGUGGACAUGAGCGAGGCCUCUGACUCCACCACAGGCUGCCCUGGCUCUGCCCAGAUGGACCAAACAGACUCUAGUAGCAGCAGCAGGCCAGCAGAAGUGUGACCACUGGGGUGCCAUAGCUACACCUGGGCAGUAUUGGUGGCGACAUGGCAAUGGUCUUUAUAUACGGGAGGGAGGAAACACAGUGUAUGGAUAUUGGAGAGCACUUAUUUUUUUCUACCCCUUUUUCAUUUGUUGAUUUUGUCUUAACUUUCACAAUUCUCCCUCCUUUUCUUUCUCUCUCUUUCUCUCUCUCUGUCACUCCCUCUAUCGUUUUGAGUCUUUCUAUGAGACCGUGGUGUAGUCUAUAGCAGUGGUAUCCAUGUGUCUUAGCUGUGACUGUCAGGUCCACUAUGGAAGUCUACAUGGAGAGGAGAGGAAGGCAGCCAUGACUGGGACCUCAGGACAGUAUUGUUGUUGUUGCUCCUGGUCUGACUCUUGACCUCUGCUGUAGGCGGAGUCCUCCUACCCUACAGACAGGCUCCUCUCAUCACCUUCUCACCACAACUAGAGACACUGCCAUCACACCUUAUCCCACUGCACUGCUACUGCGUUCUCCCAGAGCGAAGAGAAUACACAGAUGAUAUUCUCUUUAUUUAUAUAUAUAUAUAUAUAUAUAUAUAUAUAUAUAUAUAUAUAUAUAUACUGUAUGUAUAUUGAUGUAGGAAUCUAGAGAACCUGUUGUGUUUGCAAUAAUUUACCCAGUCAAAAUGACCAGAAGAAUGUUUUCAAAGACAAUCAAUAUGAUGAUAUGUUGUUGUUAGGACUUGACAUGGUGUUGGAGGGUCUUUUGUUAAGGAUGGGUUACAACAGUGUUAAUGGGGCAGAGUUGUUUGCUACAGAUUCUUCCCACAUCUUGGCCAGAACUAUGAUGUUCCAGAACUAUGGUGUUCCAAAACUAUGGUGUUCCAGAGGUCAGCAACUGGCAUCUAGAACUGGCCUCUUGGUAAUGUAACCUAGUAUAAACACGUCACUCAGAGGGGAGAGCUGUUGUUGUUGGUGGGUCAAGCUUGUUUGAUUAUUUUUAUAAUCUAUUGGGUGUUUAUUUUUUAUAUCCUGUCUAAAGGUAAAUUCUGCAUUGGUGGGAAAGGGAUCGUAAGUAAGCAUUCACGGUAAAGUCUACACCUGUUGGAUUCUGCGCAUGUGAUAACUACAAUUGCAUUUGAUUUUAAAUUAAUAUGAGUUAGAAAAAAAACUUUAAAAGGCAAUUCCACCACUUUUCAACCUCAUUGUCAUGUUCUCCAGCACAAUACCAGUGUCUAUGUUUUGUAGAAGUAAACAUGAAGUUAAAAAGUUCUACCUGAUGACAUCAUUAAAAGUUACAAUAUUUUUCAAACAGUGGUUUUCAAACACUAUGAGAUUUGCGGUGACGUGGGACGCAAGUAAAUAACAUCCCUCUGGCUAGAAACUCGUUGCAAGGUUUGAAAAUCACAGUUAUUUUAAUCCUACCCUGUGAUGUCACACAAAAGCAUUUUUUAGGAACUUUCUUAUCUUUUUAACCAUGGAUCAUAGAAAAGCUCAGUUUUCACAUAUGUAGACACUGGUAUGGUGCUGAAGAUGAUGAAUAUGAGGUUGAAAAAUGGCAGAAUUGCCCUUUAACUCAUUACAUGAAAUUCCAUGAAAAAUGAUGCAGAUGCCCUAGCUGAAAGGAUUCCAUUGUCAUGCAGUUUUGGACCACCUAUAUCUCCACAAGUGGGACGUGGGAACAGUAGCAUUUUACAACAAGUAAAGAGCUCUGGAGGAAGCAAGAUUCUCAGUGGUGUUAAGAGUCAAUGUCUUACAGAGAAGCUUUGUAUUAAAACCAGUAUUAAAUGAAUUACUGUUGGUGUGUUUUAGUAGUGUCAGGUUUUUAUCACCCACAAAGUUCUUUACUCACUGGACAUUUGUGUAAAAAGUGAUGCUGAGACUUUCAUAUUGUUUAAAGAAGUAGUCGCUUGUGCCAUAUAGCUGAGCUCAGACCAGUCCUCUGUCACUGGGUGCUCUCUGUGUUGAAUUGAUGAACUAGGACUGCUAAAUCGUUGCCAAAAAAUGUGUACGUGUCAUAUUCUCUCUCAUUUGUAUAGAAUGUCACCCUGUUAAAAAAGGAAUCAGUUUGACCAAGUAAUCACUAAAAUAAAUACCCAAAAUACAGUAUAUUAUUUUAUUGUGUUUUGUUUUUUAAAGAAAUGUAUUGAAAUAUAUUCUUUAGGAUGUCUAUUUAUAGUUAAUUUUUUACUAUGAAUUAAUGUUAUAUGCUUUUGUUUGGUUCUUGCUGGAGACUGGAGGUGAGAAUUAUGGUUGCACAGGGAGAUAUGGGAAUGGGAGGAGCCCAAAGAACUCGACUGGAAAAGAAGGGUUUCAGAACUAGACAGAAAAAGAAGGGUUUCAGAACUAGACUGGAAAAGAAGGGUUUCAGAACUAGCUACUAUGUGGUUGUAGGCUAUGUAAGCCCUCAGACACAUGGACUUGAAAGGUAAAGAUACUAUAUUGAAUUAUGAUAUAUGAACUGACUGAGAAAGAUUGACAUGAACAUGUAUAACCUAAUGGAAUUUAGACUGUACCAAAUAAAAGAUACGAACCAAG